GCGGAGCGCAAGACACACACACACUCACUUCACCAACACACAGAGAGAGAGAGAGAGAGAGAGCGAGAGAAGAGGAGAGAGAAUGGGAUCGACUUCAAUGGCGACGAGCUCUAAUAUCGAAGGGCUUCACCAAGUCUUCGUGUACGGAAGCUUGUUGGCCGACGAGGUUGUUCGAGUUCUUCUGAAACGCGUCCCUCAGUCCUCUCCCGCUACGCUCAAUGGCUUGUCACUCUCUCUCUCUCUCUCUCUCUCUCUCUCUCUCAAUCACUUUCUCUGCGCGAUUUCUUCAUCUUGUAAUUGUUCUUCCAUAAUUUUGAUCAGUUUCUUAAUUUUAGUGAUCGAUGAUGAGAUCUGCCAUAGAUUUAGCAUCAAAGGACGCGUUUAUCCUGCUAUUCUACCUGUGGAGAAAAAGAAAGUUAUUGGGAGGUUUUCAGUUACUUCAAUGAAAUCACUUGUGCUUCUGUCUGUCUUGGUGGAGAUGCGAAGUUACUUUUCAUUGGGUGCCAGACCAGUUUUCAAGAUGUUUUGUCAGACUAGAGAGUAUUGGGAGGCUUUGGCUGUAUUAUCUGGUAUCACACCUCUUGAAUUACAUAUAUUUGACAUCUUUGAGGAUGUUGAGUAUAAGAGGUGCACUGUUGAGGUUUCUUUGAUGCAUGGGGGUUUUCUGCAGGAUGGCUCUCAGAAGUUACAGGCUCAUGCAUAUGUUUGGGCAAACAGUGGUGAUCCAAACUUAUAUGGUGAUUGGAUUUUUGAGGAAUGGAGACAAGCACAAAUGAAAGAUUUCAUCAAGAUGACUAUGAGGUUUAUGGAAGAACUUGAGCAACCUGAAUCAAAAGCAAGAGUGGAAACCUAUGAAUCUUUCUACCAGCCGAGUGGUUGACAAUUCACCACAUGUCUUUAUAUUAUUCUUUAUGAUCUUCUCAAUUGGCAACCAUUGUUGCUACAUAAAAAAUACAUUAUGCAUUCCAGAAUAAAGAUUACUGAACAUUGGACGUGUGUGUUAGAUUACCAGUUGUCUCAAAACCUUGAACUAUUAAGAAAUAGGUCUAACAAUGUAUAUCAAUCUGUGCAAUAUUGUGAACAUCAUUUUGAGAAAGCCUUUUGCACCAAGCUAAGGGUGGA